CGAACAAUUCGUAGUACGACUCAACGAUAAGUCAGAGUAACGUUCGUUUCGAGCGAUACGAAUUAAGGGUGGUACAACUCAAUAGCAAGGUGGACAAAGCGUUUAUUAACAGGAUGUCAAUUGACAUUGAUGUUUAUUGACAGACUUAGUCAGAACAGUCAGAAAGGAUAGAACAGCCGAUCGUAUGAACUGUAUCCUUUAUUUAUUAACGAGCAACAAAAAUGCCAAGUUUUUCCUUAAUACUCGUUGUGAGCAAAGGACGAAAGAAAGUUGCUAUGCCACCUUUGAAAUAUUUUAUGAACUCCUUAGCGUAUCAACGGUAUUAAUCUGCUGAUCCAGUAUGGCGUCUGUUGUAGAAGCAGCUGCUUACGUUAUUUCAAAAUAAUACUCUCUCUGUGGCUAUUAAAGAGCCGGUGAACAAAGAGUGUAACGUUCACGUCAAGUCAAAUUACUGGUAAUUAUCGAGCUCUCUGUGCAAUUCGUAGUCUCAAUCAUCAUGACGGAUCGGACCGAAUUGAGGAUGAAUGUGGCCGCGUUAAAACGAGUUGACCCCUACGUCAAGGAUAUUCUGGAGACCGCAACCCACGUAGCCCUGUAUACAUUUAACGCAGACGAGAACGAAUGGGAAAAGACCAAUAUCGAGGGUGCACUUUUCGUCUAUUCGAGAAACGGCGAGCCAUACAACAGUAUUCUCAUAAUGAACAGAUUGAACACGAACAAUCUAGUUGAACCAGUUGCUCAAGGCUUGGACUUGCAAUUGCAGGAGCCAUUUUUGCUCUACAGAAAUUCUAGAUGCAACAUCUAUGGUAUUUGGUUCUAUGAGAAAGAAGAGUGUGUGCGUAUUGCAAACACAAUAAAUAAAUUGUUGAAGGAAUCAGAAGAAAGUCGCAAAAUCAACAGCAAACCAUUAGCCGUAAAGGCAAAGAAAGCUUCGGGACCUAAUGUGAAUAAUGUAGAUAUAUUUAGUAUGCUCAGCAAGGCACAGGAAGACUUCAAUACAAGUAGAAGCUCGGGAGGUGGUGGAGGUGGUAGUGGCGAUAGCGGGAGUGUAGUAACAGGGACAAAAUCUCCACUGGUCACACCCACAGACAAUAUUCCUGGACCGUUGAAUGCUCCUUUAGGGCCUGAUGUCACCUCGCAGAGCGUAAUGGACUUCUUCGCCAAAGCUAAGGUGAACACAGGACAUUUCAAACCAGGUGACCAGCCUACUCCCGGAGGUGCGGUCGUGGUCGAGAAUAAACCUCUACUAGCGCGUCUAAUGUCCCAUCCGGCGGCACAUACUUUGGAGCAUAUUGAGAAGCAGCAGAGAUCCUUAACGCCGCAACCAUCAACCCAUCACCAGUCACAACCACCGUCGACGAGCGCAUUAACUCCGAACAAUGUGAGCAGCAUUUCCUCUUCGAACAGAUCCAAGAGACGGAACAAAGCGCAGCAAGACUCAAUGAUGUCCACGCCAGCGCCAAUGUCGCAGGAACUUCAGCUACCAGUGAAUCAGAGCGAUUCGAACGGGUCGACCGGAUUUCUCAGGAUACAGUCCCCGACUAGCACAGUGUCGUCUUCAACCUUAAGAAGUCAGCAGACCUCGAACAUUAUCAACAAUGCGAAUCCGCUCGCGUCAUUAUUCGCUCACGCAAUCGGAAAUACGUCAUCGGACGACAUUAUCCCGGCGCCCACGUUGUCAGGAAGAGGAUCGGCACCGGCGUUGAUGCCUCCUGUAAUGUUUGCCGCGCCUAGUCCACCGGAGUCCUUGAACAGACCGUUAGAACCGUUGACGAAGAAUCAGCUUUUGCAAGCGUUCAACUACUUGUUGAAAAGCGAUCCUGACUUUAUCAACAAACUUCACGAGGCUUACGUCAAGUCCUUUGGAGAGAUACUCUCUUAAGUUCGCUGUCAUCGCGACUGAACCCGCCAAGGACGGGUUAGGUUGACAGGCGACUGAUUUCAAGCAACUCAUGCUAAAUCUCAAUAUUCCUAUGUUACAUGCAUGUACAUAGAUCAAAAGAAGAAAAGAAAAGAAACAUGAAUGUCACGCUCGAAAUUCGAUUGACUUGGGAAGGCAAAAUACCGUCUUUUUUUCUUUCUAAAAAAACGGGCCGGAAAACACGCAGGUGUGAGAGUCGAAAGGGCGAUACAUACCUUGAGCAGUAUUUUUAUAAAAACAAUCCGGCACCAUCUCCGUGCCGGUGGAUAAAGUACAGGCGGUUUUGUGCGUAUAGCGUUGGUUAGACGCGCGCAACCGCGAGAAAUUUCGCGGGAAAAUGCGGGUAAAUGGUGUGCAUGGGACAUGAUGAGCGAUUUUUAAACUGUGAUGCCAAAACAUUUAUAUUAUACUCGCGUUUUAUGGUUGAAAAAAUUUCAAUGCAGCACGAGAACGUUUCUGAUCAAAUGGAACACCUAUUUUACAGAGUAAUGACGUAUCCUUCCUGUAUAUCGGAUACCGAUGUGGUAUGUGCGUGUUAAUGAUGACAAGGAGCAAAUAAAUAGAGACAGAACUCUGAGAAGGCGCUUAAAAUACA